AUGGCGCCCACCGACGUCCCGGCGCCCCUCGAGGGCAAGAAGAGGCGCAUUGGAGUCAUGACUAGCGGAGGAGACGCGCCCGGCAUGAACGGUGCAGUACGAGCCGUUGUCCGUACGGCCCUUCACAACAAUUGCGAGGCCUACGCCAUAUACGAAGGCUACGACGGCCUGGUCAAAGGCGGCGACAUGAUCAAGGAGAUGAAGUGGGAAGAUGUUCGAGGCUUCCUGUCAGAAGGAGGCACCCUCAUCGGCACAGCGAGAUGCAUGGAGUUUAUGCAGCGUGAGGGACGCCGGACAGCCGCAAAGAACCUGAUUGUCAAGGGAAUCGACGCCCUCAUCAUCUGCGGUGGUGAUGGCUCACUCACCGGUGCAGACAAGUUCCGCGCAGAAUGGCCAGAACUGCUAGACGAGUUGGUCAAAGAUAAGCAGCUCACGCCGGAGCAAAUUGAACCCUUUAAACACCUCAACAUUGUCGGUCUCGUCGGCUCCAUUGACAAUGACUUGUCCAUGACUGAUGCCACCAUUGGUUGCUACACAUCACUUGGCCGUAUCUGCGAAGCCAUCGACUCCGUCGACACUACCGCCGUAAGCCACCAGCGGGCGUUCGUCAUCGAGGUCAUGGGAAGGCAUUGCGGAUGGCUUGCCCUUAGUGCUGGUGUUGCAACUGGCGCAGACUUUGUCUUCAUCCCAGAGAAUCCACCAGAAGAAGGCUGGGAACAAGAAAUGUGCCGACAGAUCAAGAAGCACAGGCAAAUGGGAAAGCGAAAGACGAUUGUCGUCGUCGCCGAAGGCGCCAUUGAUCGCAAUCUUAACAAAAUCACAUCAGAGCACGUCAAGAAUGUUCUUGCAAACGAUGCAAAGCUCGAUACUCGUGUGACAACGCUUGGGCAUGUCCAACGUGGAGGUACACCAUGUGCUUACGACCGUAUGCUGUCAACACUCCAAGGUGUUGAAGCAGUAAAGGCAGUUUUGGACGCUAGCCCCGAAGUGCCCAGCCCUGUCAUCUGUAUGCAAGAGAACAAGAUUGUCCGCCGCCCGCUUCUCGAGGCCGUUGCUCAGACCAAGGAAGUUGCUGUAGCUAUCGGAAACAAGGACUUCCACAAGGCUAUGCAGUUCCGCGACACUGAAUUCGAACAGCAAUACCAGGCCUACAAGAUUACUACAGCAGCCGACCAGCCCGAACUCUUGUUGCCUGAGGACAAGCGCAUGCGCGUUGGUAUCAUUCACGUUGGAGCUCCAGCUGGAGGAAUGAACGCCGCUACCCGUGCUGCCGUAGCGCACUGCCUUGCUCGUGGCCACACCCCAGUCGCACUUCACAAUGGUUUCCCUGGUAUCAUCCGCCAUCACUCCGAUGUGCCAAUCGGCGCGGUCCGAGACAUCAAGUGGAUUGAUGCUGAGACUUGGGCAUCCAAGGGAGGAUCUGAGAUUGGCACAAACCGUGGACUUCCUAGUGAGGAUCUAGAAACUGUUUCGUUUGUCUUUAAGAAGUACGACAUCCAAGCUUUGUUUGUUGUUGGUGGAUUCGAGGCGUUCACGGCAGUUUCUGAACUGCGAAAAGCCCGCGAACACUAUAAGGCGUUCAAGAUUCCCAUGGUUAUCCUCCCUGCCACCAUCUCAAACAAUGUCCCUGGUACCGAGUACUCGAUCGGUUCGGAUACAUGUCUGAAUGCCCUCAUUCAAUAUUCUGAUGCCUGUCGCCAAUCUGCAUCCGCAACCCGCCGUCGUGUCUUUGUCAUUGAGACACAAGGUGGCGAAUCCGGUUACAUUGCAACUGUCGCUGGUCUCAGUAUUGGAGCGCUGGCAGUGUACACACCAGAAGACGGUAUCGACCUCAAGAUGCUGGACCGCGAUAUCGACCACUUGCGCAGUGUAUUCGCAAAGGACCAGGGUAUCAGCAGAUCUGGCAAAGUGAUCUUGGUCAACGAGAAGGCAUCAAAGACGUACUCUGUACAGAUCAUCGCACAGAUGAUUGCCGAAGCUGGCAAAGGCAAGUUUGAAUCGCGUCACGGAGUACCUGGCCACUUCCAGCAAGGCACAAUUCCCUCUCCAAUGGACCGUGUCAGGGCUGUCAGGUUCGCUACCAAGGCCAUGCAGCAUCUAGAGAGCUUCGCUGGCAUGUCACCCGACGACAUUGAGGAUGAUCCCAUGUCCAUUAGUGUCAUUGGUAUCAAGGGCAGCAAGUUGCUCUUCUCCCCCAUGGAGUCUGUUGAGAAGCGGGAGACUGAGUGGCACCGAAGACGUCCUAAGCAUGAGUUCUGGAUGGCUCUCAAGGAGACGGUGGAUAUGCUGUCUGGCAGGCCGCAAGCCCCCACACAGCCUACAGAUAUUGAUACCCUGGCUGGUCGGCCCGCCAAAUAA